ACAAUGGACCUACAGAAUUAUUCCUUGGUGUCAGAAUUUGUGUUGCACGGACUCUGCAAUUCACGGCAUCUCCAAUAUUUUUUCUUUAUAUUUUUCUCUCUGGCCUAUGUGACCAUUGUACUGGGUAACCUUCUCAUUGUGGUUACUGUCAUUUCUAACCCCCGCUUGCACUCUUCCCCUAUGUAUUUCCUACUGGGGAACCUAUCUUUUCUGGAUAUGUGGCUGGCCUCAUUUGCCACCCCCAAGAUGAUCAGGGACUUUCUUAGUGACAGAAAGCUCAUCUCUUUUGGUGGCUGUAUGGCUCAGAUAUUUUUCUUACACUUUAUUGGUGGUGCUGAGAUGGUGUUGCUAGUUUCCAUGGCCUAUGACAGAUAUGUGGCCAUAUGCAAACCCUUGCAUUACAUGACCAUGAUGAGCCGGCGAACUUGCAUUGGGCUGGUGUUGGUUUCAUGGACUAUUGGAUUUAUACACUCGAUCAGUCAAGUAGCCUUUACUGUGAAUUUACCUUAUUGUGGCCCCAAUGAGGUGGACAGCUUCUUCUGUGACCUCCCUCUGGUGAUAAAGCUUGCCUGCAUGGACACCUAUGUCUUGGGAUUACUUAUGAUUUCAGACAGUGGGUUGCUUUCCAUAAGCUGUUUUCUGCUCCUAAUGAUUUCCUACACUGUUAUCCUUGUCACUGUCCGACAGCGGUCAGCAGGAGGGGUCUAUAAAGCACUCUCCACUUGUUCUGCACACAUUAUGGUAGUCACACUGUUUUUUGGACCCUGCAUUUUCAUCUAUCUGUGGCCCUUCAGUAGAUUCUCUGUGGAUAAGCUACUGUCUGUGUUUUACACAAUUUUUACUCCACUCAUGAACCCACUUAUCUACACAUUGAGAAAUAAGGAGAUGAUAGCAUCUAUGAAGAAACUUUGGAACCAAUAUGUGACUUUUCACUGA